AUGGCACAAACUACCUCUUCAGAGGAUCAGGAGGCUGACAGGCACACAUGUACUUCGGAGUAUUCCACCAUAAGAGGGCACACCAUGUGUCUACAAGACAACUCGGAAGUGACGUCAUUCGGUGUUGCUGCGCAAGACCAGAUUGAUAUUGUAACGCUCCACAAUGAACUACGGGGAAGGGUAGAACCACCCGCUACGGAUCUUGGGAAACUUGUGUGGGACCCAAAGCUAGCAGCUGUAUCAGAGAAGUGGGCGCGUCAGUGCAAGAUGGAACACGACAAUGUCAAAACCAUACCCGACUAUGGAUUUGAAAUAGGACAAAACAUUGCUGGGGGAUAUCUGAACUGGCAGAGCGCCAUAAUGGCAUGGUAUAACGAAGUUAGUAUGUAUCGAUUUGGCCAGAACCCGAAUGGCUAUUUGGGAAGAGAUGGAUGGAAAAAGAUCGGACACUAUACACAGAUCGUCCAGAACGUCACGUUCUUGAUUGGAUGCGGGUAUGCCCAUUGCCCCAACACCAGAUUUGGAAGAUACUACGUGUGCAAUUACGGAUCAGGACAAAACCGGAUUUCUCAGCCCUACACGAAAGGACCCAGAUGCAGUUCCUGUCCCAAUACAUGUAAGGAUGGACUCUGCGACUGUGGAGGGAAGGCUUGUUUCAAUGGAGGCAAUCUUGACACAAACACGUGUACUUGCACAUGCCAGAAGCCGUACUCGGGCCCGACGUGUCAGCAGUUGAACUGUCCAGCGAAGGAUUCCUUCUACUGUGGACGUAGCCUGACCCCCAAGGAUUGCAGGACGUAUUACAAUGUUCCCCAGCUGUGUCCCUACAUGUGUGGAAUAUGUGCAACAACAAAUACCACGGCUGCUUCCCGGACAGAAGCCCAGCGUAUCACUCAGCCAGACCAAGCCUCACCAGUCGAACCAACAGCUGGUGUACAGUCUACAACGUGGGGGGAUUUCACGUCGGAGUUUGGCUGCGUCUAUGCAGGAAAAAGAGCUUCAAAAGCGGAGUGUCGGAGUUAUGGUGACCAUGGUAACGACAAGUCACUGUGUGGAAGUAUGGGUGGGAGUCAGAUCACCUGCGACCACUGCGAGCAGUUCUACAAUAUCAAGACAGACUACUGCCCCGUCAUGUGUGGACUCUGCGACGCGCCAUGUGUCGGGAAGCGAUGCCUGAAUGGUGGACGGUUGGAUACAGACACCUGUAAAUGCACUUGUAAACCACCAUAUGUAGGAACGACGUGCCAUACACCCCAAUGUCCAGCAAAGGACCCGCAUCACUGCACCCUCUACCGACUGUCCUACUGCAAACUGUACAUCAAUGUACCGUCAGAAUGUCCUUAUCUGUGUGGUAUUUGCGGAGACGUGUAG